CGCCCCUUGUCGAUGGUCAGUUACUAUCGAAUACAAACCGUUCCAUGACAGGAUCUGAUCGGGAAGAAUCAUCUCGAAGAGUGCAGCUGGACAGGGUGAGAAAGGUGAAAGAAGCCGGGGAGAGAUUACCGGAGAUUCACUAGAAGGGCGAGCUGGGUUAAUGCGCGGGAGUACCGGUCUGCUGCUGAGUGUACUGGUUCUGGUAGUAUUGCGCGUAGCUGGCUGCAUAGUCCUGCGACUGCUGGUAGUAUCCGGUCCCUUGGCCGUAGCCGGCUUGGCCGCUCCAUUGCUGAGGCGCAGUACCGCUGUACCCGUUACUAUAACCGCCGUAUGGCGUUUGAGGUGGGCGAUAGCCGCCGCUGCUCUGCUGGGGAACCACGUUGCUGCUCUGCCAGACUUCCGGACGGCGCCAUGGAGGGAUGUUCGAACCACCCGCGGUAAUGUCGUGUCCUGCCGACCCAGCCCAUGGCGUCGCUCCACUACCCCCACCUGGACCUUUACCAGUCUCCCCAAGCUCCGCCAUCAAGCUGGCAUAUUCGGAGUCGAACCCGCCCUUCAUAACAGGAGGAGGAGCGCUAAGGAUGGCGUUAGGAUCCCUGUUAACAGUGCAAUCCCGGGCCAUGUGACCAGCACUUCCGCAGACACGACAGAUGAUAUUGGCUGUGAAGUUACGUUGCUCCGGACAGUCGUACUUCCGGUGACCGACACCGCCGCAAUUCUGGCAGAUCUGGUUCUCGUCAUCGCGCAACGUUCCGUUUAGGGCAGCUAGUUCGCGGAGUUGGUUACGUUUGUGAUCAUUU